GAUCACGUAACUGUGUGUGGUUCUCAUUUACACGUUCAUGGAUGUAAACACAACGACAAAUAAAUAAUUGUCAAGGAAAAUGGCAGAUUACAAGGACAUCAUUCGCAAGCCGGAAACCCUCGGCUGGUUUAAGGCGGCAAUGGCUAUGAAGAUCACACGUGACUGUCUGCUCGACAUUGUAAAACAGGCGACUCAUGAAUUGUAUGAUAAGAUCCGUAAAGUGAUAAAAAUAAAAGAUGGUAUACAAGAGGAUGUUGUCUGCAGUCAGUGUAAUACUCCAAAAGUGCUGCCUUGUGAUGCCAAUAAUAAAUGCUGCAACUAUGGAACGUGCGAAUUUCAUACAAUUCACAAGCAACAAAGUUGCCCCAAGGCUAAUUUAUGCAAUGCAAUAUGUAGGGAAAUUGUAGCAAACCACAGAUUUCGAAAUCGUUCGAAAAAACAAAGCUUUAAAGGCCCUACCUGGGUAAACACAGAUGCGUGUAAAUGGUGCAACGACCCAUGGCAAAUUGCCAAAUGCUAUCUCUCAAAGGAAGGCUACACGGACGUUAACCUAGCAGAAGAUAUCGACUUCAAUGGCAUAGUAUAUGUCAUUUACAACUGUGAAUUCUUUCAAGCGUAUUUAAAGGACAACCUGGAUCGAAGCAGAAAUGUUUGCACCAAGGCUAGAGAUGUGGGGCGUGAAGUACGACAUGCUCCCUCAAACUCAAUGACCAGCCAAGAAAGUGACAGAGCCAUCGACACUCUAGUAGCGCUGUUGCAGAACCUAAAACAUGUCAACCACCAGUUUGCGGCAAAGACUGCAGUUGACAUGUUAACACAGAAAAAUAAGACAGAGAGUUGA